AUGGCGAGCACGGCCCUCGUUGUGUUCUUUCUGGCACUGAUGGAAGCGUGUCUGAGAGGGUGGCACACAGCCACAUCUCUCUUCAGGGACAUUACCACCAGCAUCAGAGGAGACAGCCGACUUUACAGUUUGCUAAGCAUCGCGAGCACGCCGCACACAGGAAACAUGAGGGUGAUGCAGCAGGCGCUCAGCAGGUACAUCAGCUGGGUUAUGGCUAGCUGCAAUGUGUCUCCAGGCAUGCAGACUGGUGAAAAAGGUAUUUCACAAGUCAACAUUACCACAGGGUUAAGCCUUGCGGAACGAAUAAUGUCUGCCACCUUGACUACCUCCUUCUGUUGGAUUUUAUUAUUACUCAAUGGGAUCAUGUUGUUUACUUUGAGGAACAAAUGUAUAUUUCGGGAGACAUCGCGCUACAUACUGCUGUAUAACCUGCUGCUCGGAGACACGCUGCAAAUGGUCUUCUCUCAGCUGAUGUAUUGUUUGACCUCCUUUCGCAUCACCCUGUUGUAUCCUGUGUGUGGUGUACUGGUCCUUUUCGGUAAUCUCUUCAGUAGGAUUUCUCCUUUGGUGCUGGUCGCUAUGUCGCUGGAGAGAUAUGUGGCUGUGUGCCACCCUCUCAGACACGCCUCCAUCAUGACCAGAGAGAACACAGUGAGGCUCAUGCUUGGAAUGUGGAUCGUGUGUUUUAUAAUUCUUCUCAUUCAAGACCUAAUAAUUUUGAGGUUUCCUUUUGAACAGCUGGAGAGUCUGCAAAUGACACAGCAAUGCCAUUCCAUCACAAUGUCCCUCCUGCCAUUGACUGAAAUUUUCAAAAAUACCUACUCAGUUUUGGUGUUCUUUGCUGCAGGCCUGGCCAACAUUUCCAGCUACAUUGGCAUAGUCAUAGCAGCCAGAUCGGCAGCCACGGACAAAGUCUCUGCGCGGAAAGCAAAAAGCACAUUGCUGCUGCACCUGGUGCAGCUAAGCCUCAGUCUUUUGUCAGUGAUCUACUCCAAUAUCGUCAUAAUUCUCUCACCUUUGUUGAACUGGGUAGCUUUUAACCAAAUGCAGAUCUUUCUGUUUGUGUGCUUUUUCUUAUUGCCCAGAUCUCUGAGUUCACUUGUCUAUGGGUUGAGAGAUCAAAGCCUCAGAAUUGCACUCUUAUAUCUAUUGUUCUUUUGCUUCAAAGGGUCGGUGAAAGCUGCUGUGUCCUGA